CAAGAGAGAUACAAAAAUUUGGGCACGUUGACUUUUCACGAAUUUGGAGUAAUGACUUUAUUCUUCAUGUGCGUCUUUCUUUGGAUAUUCCGCAAACCUGGCUUUAUAAUAGGAUGGUCGGAGUUGAUCACUGAUGUGUUAGUAUUCUAACUUGAUACGUUGACGAAUACAAAAUACUGGCAUACAUAUAAAACACAUUGUACGAAAUAAUAAAUGUGCAGAGACCUCAGAGACUCGGUACCGGUAAUAUUCGCUUCUAUCCUGAUGUUCUUCAUCCCGAAGGAUCCCAGUUUCAUCUACGCUUGCAGUCGAGAUCGUAAGGGAGAAAAAUAUUAUCAGUCCCCAGAAUAUAGCGUUCCUGAUAAUAAUAUCAAGAAAUGUUGAAUUAUAAUUUCAAAAAUAUUACAAAAUUACAAACUUUAACAAAUUCAAUUCGAACAAUUCAAGUAAAAGGCUUGUUAAUUUUAUUUUCUACUUAAAAAAAGUACAUAGAAAAUAUCUUUUUUUUAAUAAAGAGAUCUAGCCCUUGUGUACGCACAAAAUUGUAAAAUCUACAGCUGCAAAAAGACCGAAGAGGUCGUCGGAAGGUCUGAUGACGUGGAAAGCGAUCGAGACCAAGAUGCCGUGGAGUCUGAUGUUCCUGCUGGGCGGUGGAUUCGCUAUCUCGAGGGGUAGCGUCGCGUCUUGCAUGGCGAGAAGGGUCGGCGAAGCUUUGGUACCGCUUCGCUAUUUACCACCCCUUUUAAUACUGGCCGUAGUGUGCUUCUUCUGCGGCACCAUAACAGAGUUUACGUCAAAUGUGGGCAUCGCAAAUAUCACUCUACCGGUGAUAGCUCAGAUGUGCGUCGCGAUGGAGAUACACCCGUUGUACCUGAUGGUACCAGCCGCGUUGAUGUGCUCGUUCUCGUUUCGUCUACCGGUUGGAACGCCGCCGAACGCGAUCAUAACUAUCGCAGGACACAUCCCGACCAAGGGGUUGAUCACCGGGGGCUGCAUGCCCUCGAUCUACAGUCUGAUAAUGCAGGUCAUUUUCUUCCCAACGUGGGGCGUCUUCGUAUGGGGGAUCAGAGAAUUUCCCGACUGGGCGAAACACGUCGAGGCAACGAACGACACGGAUGCACGUUGCUGAGCGGAAGAGAUCGUAUCCGCGAAAAUUGCGAGAUUGUUACAGAGAAGAAUUGGAUAUUAAUAAGUUGAGCCGUUUGCCUUCCCUCGCGUUAUUUUGUGUGUUACGUCAUGAUGUGUAGUAGUCUCUUAUCACUAAAGCGCAUUUCAUGUGUAAAAUAAAAAAUAAAUAUAUCGAAUAUUAUGCGUAUUCCGUACGUUAUUUUUCAAAAAUUGAGUAAUACUGAACAUCAAUGUACGAUACUUACAAAUGAUAUGUAUAGUUAUAAUAAAGCAUAAGUUAUUAAGUGAGCAAUAUCUUACAGAAUUAAUUGCUCGACAUAAAACUGAACAGAAAAAUAAAAAUAAUAUAAAGCAAAUUUGAAUAUUCACAUUUGGAUGUAUAAAUUAUUAAAUAAUUAUUUUUUAAAAUAAGAUCGUAACAAAAUACUUACGAAAAUUUCUGCUUUUAAUAUUUUACAUCUAUAUCUACACAUGUAUAUUUGUACAUUGUGUUUGCAGCGUCGACAGAAACGCUUGAAUCAAUAUCUGUUUAGAGAUAUGUUUCAGUUUUAGUCACUAUCACUGCAGAGAUUUAACGUAAAAAAA